AUAUUUUCAGAAACCCUAGAAUCGAUCCCUCAAAUUUUGAAAAUAAGUUAUUCGAUCUCAAAAACGUUAGAAUUGACUGCUCCAAAACGUCAAGAUUAAGAUCGAUCACGAUUCCCAACCCACGAAUCGAUUCGACCGAUCGAAUUCGAAUAUUUGGAAUACUGGAGCCAUCAAGCUCACACGGAGGAGGUUAUCCAGCUGCGAUUAGCAUUAAAAAAAUCCGAAUUACUGUAACAAACAAUGAUGGAGUUGUAAACUCAAGCUGCAAGUUAUCUUUGAUUCGUGUAUCCUCGUUGAACUGGAAUUGGAAUACUGGAUGGAUUAUUCAUGGAGUGGAAGGUUUGACACGGAACAUUUCCAUCUCUUUUCUUUUUCGUAAUAGUUUUGAAACUGAUCAUGACCCAGGUCCUCACAGCUUUGGAUCUUUGGUUCAGUCUCUCUAGAAUCCUGUCGGGCGGGCCAUUAAUUACAUUAUCUAGAAGAAAUUUUUGUAAUCGAAUGAUUAUCAUGUCCAGAGAUGAACAAAAAAUUCAAUCUUUUUGAUACAUCUCUCAUCGUCCCAGUUCCGUCACGCAUCUACUCAGCACAGGACGACGGGACGUUAACGCUUUGUCGCUCUCUGUCUCUCUGGUACAAGAGUCAUUCAUUCACUAACAGUGAUUCAUAGUAAGUGUUCUAUCCCAUUCCGCCGGAAAAAUGGAGGAUAAUGCCGAGAAAACAACAUAUGCCGGCCAAUUGUCUCAAAAGGUCGUAGCGAUUGUUGCCGGAGAAGCCCAUACUCUUGCCCUUGCCGGAGAUGGUUCUGUAUACUCGUGGGGAAGGGAAACAUUCGGUCGGCUGGGGACGGGCAAGGAGAACGAUGAGCUUGUUCCGGUUCGUAUCGAGUUCGCUACAUCGACGAAAAUGAAGCUCUGUGCAGAGAAAUCUAUUCUCCGGGAGAGGCCCAAGUUCGUAGAAAUCGCAGCUGGUGCAUAUCACAGUCUCGCUUUAGAAGAUGAUGGCUCAGUUUGGUGCUGGGGCUAUAAUGUCUAUGGCCAGCUUGGUUUAAAUGUGGAAAAUUCUUCGGUACCCUGUUUCUUAGAGCAGUUCCUUGAGUUGGGGGCUCCAGACAAAUCAAAUGCAAACAGUACGACACUUUUGAAGGUUCAAUCUAUCAAAGCUGGAGGAAUGAUGUCUCUGGCAAUUGAUAGUCUGGGGGCUCUCUGGAUGUGGGGAAACUGUCCUCAGCUGAGCAAGAUAUCUGAUGGAGAGUUCAUUCUUUCUAGCCACCCAACUCCAUCACCUGUAUGGGAUUUCCACGGCCACACUGUUGUUAAGGUGGCAUGUGGAAAUGAACAUAUUAUAGCCCUAGUUAGUGCAGGAGAAACAUUUACAGGAAACAAUCUCAUGUACUACUCUUGGGGUAACAAUAACCAUGGCCAAUUGGGCUUGGGGGACAUGGAGAACAGGUCUCGUCCUGCAAUCGUGGAGACUUUUAACCUGGAGUCCCCUUGGGAAGUGUAUGAGGUUGCAUGUGGGGCAUUUCAUACUGCUGUACUCACAUACAAAAGAACACAAAGAGACGUGGUAGACUCCUCUGACCUCAGUAUUGAUGGGCAAGAGAAAAUAAGUACAUGCUGGACAUUUGGCCUCGGGGAUCAUGGGCAGCUGGGGCAUGGAACCACCAAAAGUGUGUGUUUACCAGAACCUGUGAAAGAUUUGCCAGAAAAUGUGUCCUUGACUGCUAUUGAUUGUGGCUUAUUUCACACUUGUGUUGUCUCUUCAGCUGGAGAUGUGUGGUCAUGGGGGAUGGAAAAGGGUCUUGGCCUUUGCCCAGAUGCCAGCUUUACUAGAAGUGAUACAGGGGAUGCACUCUCUCCUCUGAAAUAUGGGUCUAAGUUUGCAAAGCCAGUACAAGUUGCAUGUGGAGCUGCCCAUACUGUUCUUGUUUCCCAUGACGGGUAUAAGCUCUGGUCGUGGGGUAGAGGAUGGAGCGGUGUUCUAGGAAGAGGUAGCAUGGUUGACAGCUAUGUUCCCACUGUUGUAAUGUGGCCACCACUGGAUGAGGAUUUCAAUGAAAGCUUGGACAAAGAAAGUGGGAAAGAAAAGGUUGGAGGCCAGGAAGUGGAAAGAGCAACAGAGUUGGAGAAAAGUAUGUCCUCUGCUAUGGAGGAGGUGCAGCUCCUCCGGUCGAAAUUAAAUCUCAUGGAAAAAUAUGCCAGCAUUCUACAUGGUUCUAUCUUUGGUAAACCUUUCCAGGAACAAGAUCUUCCACAGUCACUGCUGAAUACAGGUAUUUUUGACAUUGCCAAGGAAUGGGAGAACAUGCUGGAGUCAGCCGAAGAUUGGAAGCUUAGCCACUUGGAAAUGUUCUAUCAAAGAAUGCUGGCUGAUGUGAAGGAUAAGCAGAUGAAAAGAAAGCUUCAGGAAAUGAUCAGGGAGUGUCUCCAUUAUUCAAACUAUGGGAAACCAGGUACCCAUGUAGAAUAAAUGACAUAAGAUGUGUCUAUAUCUUCAUAAGAAUGAAGCAUAUCUUGCAAUCCUCAUAGUGUCCAGCAAAUGAUCAGGGAGCGCCUCUAUUACUCAAACUAUAGGAAACCAGGUACCCAUGUAGAAUAAAUGACAUCAGGUGUGUCUAUAUCUUCAUGAGACUGAAGCAUAUCUUGUAAUCCUCGUAGUUGCUUGUCGCUGUACAUAUAUGAGAUUGCAGAACAUUUUCUCCAUAGAUGCUCGAGUUCUUGAGAUAAAUCUUACAGGGGUAUAUAAACCAACUGAGCUCUGAUGUUCACAAUUUGAGCUUGUUGGUGUCUGCCUGGUUAAGUAAGAGAUGCAUGUAUUGUACUCAUAUUCAUCAGGUUUUGUUUAUCAUUUCAUUUUGUGCAAAUUCAAGUGAGGUUGACAGUUGGAUCCUCUUUGUUCGUA